UCGCGAUGAGGGAGGAGACCAUUCGGGCAUACAACAGUAGGGUGGAGCGCUGGAUAUUGGCUCUUGUUUCGGCGACUAUGGUGGAUAUUGUCAGGCAACGUUCUCCCGGGUAGGUGGACCUGCGGCUUUCCGACUUCACGAGUAUGACAUAUACCCUCGUUUUCGCUUUUGUUCUAUCCACUACCUAGGUAUUACGAUCCCUUUUUCACAAUUACAGAUAAUAUUCUUUCGCGGAUGCGGCUCAUGUGCAUGUGGUGGUUUCCAGUCGCCCUGUUGGGCGGGAAGAGGGUGUGUUUGGGGGUCCUGCGUUUCAGCUGUACACAGCAAUUUUAUGCACAUUUCAACCCUCUUCAAAUGUCCCCGCCCUGCCCCUCUCCGCUAUUUCACUCAAACAACGUCAUCAUUUUUAGGACUCGUGGUCGCAAACGUGAGAAGUGUCCUGAAAUUGUGGGGUACUCGGUACUCUCCCCGCUAGCGCCAUCUGAUCUCUCCACGUCCGAGCACCCCUUUCACAGCACAGUGGACUCCACACCUCAACCGUCACAUGCACUCAACCGCUCGCACGCCCGCCCGCCUCGCAUGUCUAUCUCCGCCCGCUCAUGAUGCAUAAACGCAGCUUACCGGCUUCUGGAUCACGUUGCAAAAUAACACAGGGCCCUGGCGGGU